UAUAUAAAUCUCUCACAGUCACACACAUGAAGGAACACACCCAUUUGGUCUCUCAUCUUUCUCUCUCUCUCUCUCUUGUUUCUCUCUCCAAAAGCUUUUUGAUAACACACAGCAAUGGCUGCUGAGGUUAGCUCUCUGAUUCGGGUUAUGGGUGGUGGCUACAAGGAGGAGCAGCAUCGAACGGUGGCAAAUGAAUCGCAUGGUGAGAAAUCAACGGCUCUGAUUACAAGGGAUUUGCUUGGUGGGUCAUCAAUUGAAUCGCAGGAAUUGGACCUCGAUUUGCAGGUGCCCAGUGGCUGGGAGAAGCGCCUCGACCUUCAGUCAGGGAAAGUGUAUAUCCAAAGGUGCAACACAUUAGGCACACCACCUAUGGCUGAAAACAAAAAUAAUGUGAAGCCAGGAGGACAAAAACUUCAGGACCUAAAUUUCCCAUCAUCUCCAUCACCGAAUGUGCUAUUGAACCUUUUUGAUGAAACAAGCCUUGACCUGAAGCUGGUUUCAUCUUCAUUACCAUCAAGCAAUUACCAAAGUGUAUGCACUCUUGACAAGGUGAAGUCAGCACUUGAGAGGGCAGAGAAAGAGCCAAUUAGAAAGCGCACAUCAUUCUUGAAGUCACCACUUUCAGCAUCUUCACCCUCUUAUUCCUCUUCCUCAUCAUCAAUGAGAGAAACCCAAGAAGAAGAAAGUGAAGAGAAGAUUUCAUCACCAAUGGCUGCAGGGUGCCCUGGUUGUUUAUCAUAUGUGUUGAUCAUGAAGAACAAUCCUAAGUGUCCUAGGUGUAACUCUGUUGUUCCUCUUCCAUCUAUGAAGAAACCUAGGAUUGACCUCAAUAUAUCAAUUUAAGUUAUGAGGGUAAUUAGUAAUUGCCUCCAUUUUUAAUAUAAUUUGUUAUUAUUUUUUUCACGUUUUUGUAAAUGGAAUGAUAGAUAAAUUUAGGGUAUUUAAGGAUAGGAUCAUUUGUUAAGCGAUAUUGGCCAGGGUUUAUGUAUAUUAAAAUUCUGCCUUUUUACUAGGAAAGCUAAUAGAAAAUUCUGAA